AUGGCGGCGGGACCAAUUUCCGAAAGAAAUCAAGAUGCCACUGUGUACGUCGGUGGUUUGGAUGAAAAAGUGUCUGAACCUUUACUGUGGGAGCUUUUUCUUCAAGCUGGUCCAGUGGUCAACACACACAUGCCUAAAGACAGAGUCACGGGCCAGCACCAAGGUUAUGGGUUUGUAGAGUUUCUAAGUGAAGAAGAUGCAGAUUAUGCAAUAAAAAUUAUGAACAUGAUAAAACUUUAUGGAAAACCUAUAAGAGUCAACAAAGCCUCAGCACACAAUAAAAACUUGGAUGUUGGAGCAAACAUCUUCAUUGGUAACCUGGAUCCAGAGAUUGAUGAGAAACUGCUCUAUGACACAUUCAGUGCUUUUGGUGUGAUCCUUCAAACUCCAAAAAUCAUGCGAGAUCCAGACACAGGGAACUCCAAGGGCUAUGCCUUCAUCAACUUUGCCAGCUUUGAUGCUUCAGAUGCAGCUAUUGAGGCUAUGAAUGGCCAGUAUCUCUGUAACCGACCGAUCACAGUGUCCUACGCCUUUAAGAAAGAUUCAAAAGGGGAACGCCAUGGGUCAGCGGCAGAAAGGCUCUUGGCUGCUCAGAACCCUCUGUCCCAGGCAGACCGACCUCACCAGCUCUUUGCAGAUGCUCCACCACCACCAUCGGUCCCAACUCCAGUCUUGACUGCUCUUGGUGCUGGGAUGGGAAUGCCCGGUAUGCCUCCUUCCUUCCCCCCUGUUCCUCCUCCAGGGUCCAUGCCUCCCGCCAUGCCCUCCAUGGGAAUGCCAAAUGCAGCAGGACAGGGGGGUGGCGUCCCGCAGCAUUAUCCUCCUACUGGCAUGCAUCCAGGAAUGGCUCAGAUGGGAAUGCAUCCGGGUCCUCCUGGUAUGGUACCUCCACCUCCAGCUCCCCCUGGAUCGGGCCAGUCCAGAAAUCCCCAUUCGGGGAUGCCCCCUCCUCCGAUGGGCGUGCCAUCCAGAGCGUAUGGACCCCCCAUGGUGCCAACAAUGAGAGGGCCGCCACCUCCGAUGCCGCCUCCUGUGUACACCACUGGCCCACAUCGUCCUCCGUUCGGCUUCCAGAGAGGGCCACCCAUGCCGCCCAGACCGCCCACUGGCCCCCCCAUGAGGGCCCCAAUGCCCCCGUAA